GCAACGACGCUCAUAAACGAACAUCAAUGUAUUUCUGCUCCGCUACAAUUGUUGUGUUGUUGCUAGACUACUGAUGCCAGAGAAAUAGCCGGAGAAACAACAUCAAAGGAAUUAUGAAAGAAGACUAUUAAAUUAGAUUUCCAUUUCUGCAUCGUUUAUCCCCGAGCAACGGUGUAAUACGAGAGAUUGUAGGUGUCUGAUGUGCUCGUAACGAAAUCUAAAAUAAUCGCUUGGGGUAUGCUAUAGCUGCGAGGCUAUUGUUGCUUUCGUGUCGUUUUGAGGACAGGCAUUUGAUUAUGUUUUGAUCUCAAAGUAAGAGGUGUUUAUUUGAUUUUAUAUCUCUACCAAAUGCUUGUUUUUCCCCGCAGCUAUAGCUAAGGCAAACGUGUCAACGUAGCGAAAUGAAGCACAGGAAAAUGACAAGAACACGCAAGGAGAGGUUCUCCAACUGUCAAAUUUCUCCAAAGAGAGAUUAGUUUAUCAUUUUAUAAUCUGUAUCCAACUUCAACGAUGUCUCUCGUGGCCAGCGACAUCCCGACGGACGAAGACCUAGAAGAUCUGGUUGAGGAUGGACUUUCUCUUGCUACCUACAUAUCAGACUCUGGAAAGAAAGCCAGGAAAAAGAAGCUGUCUGGUAAACCUCCCCCUUCUCCCAGGUCUCCGUAUCUCUCCAGUAUGGAUGUGAACCAGAGGAGAUCAGCGGUGUCAGCUUGGAGGCCCCUGAGAGGAACUCUGGUGGAGAGGGGGGAGGCCCUAGGGGGGAGAGGUGACACUCUGUUGGAGAGGGGUGAGGCAGCUCGGACCCCCAGAGAGAACUUUCUGGCUUCGCUAAGCAACGGGCACGGUCUGUCCCAGUCUCUGAGAGUUGACUUUGACACAACACACACCUCAGCCUGUCUCUCCUCUUCUCCCUGCACUCCAGAGUAUCUCCAACAGGCUCUUGGCAUUAAGAAACCCAAACACCUGCACUCCUCAUCCAAUGACUACAGAGAGAAGGAGGACAUGUACGAUGAGAUCAUCCACCUCAAGAAGAGUCUUCAGGCCCAGAAGUCUGAGAAGGACAGGAUGAAGGCCAAACUACGGCGUCUGGAGGAGGACAAAACUAAGAAAGACAAGCAAAUAGAACAGCUGUUGGAUCCCACCAAGGGACCGGAGUACACACUGAGUCUGGUGGACAAGAAACACCAGGGGAGCCUGGUUGUUAAUGGACUGAAACAGAGAAUCCUGAAGCUGGAACAGCAGUGUAGAGAGAAGGAGAACACUGUGACCAAACUGCAGAGUGAGCUGCAGACCACUAAUCUGGAGGAGUUGAAGAUCACAGUGGAGACCUACUUUGAGGAGAUUCAGAGACUGAGGAUGAUAUUGGAUGCAACAGAGAAAAGCAGUAGAACAGAGAGUAAAGGUUCUCAGAGGAAGCAGAAGGUUCUAAGCUCUACGGUUCUGCGUCUAUCAGAGAACCUUAAACAGCUACAGCAGGAGAACCAUACACUGAGAGAGGAACUCAACACAGACAGCCCAGCCAGUGGGCUGAAAGCCUACAAAGACUGGAGCAGACAGAGAGUGUUGAGGAGACUAGUGGAACUGGAGAGGAGGUUAGAGGAGGGGAGCAGAGCCCCGACCAGGAGGAGUGGGGUGGACAGACUGGUCCAGACGGACCACCACCACCCCACACCCACGGAGACAGGGGUUGCUACGACUCCGGGGAUAACCACCAUAACAACGGAAGGGGGUGUUGCAGUGGUAAACACCCAACAGGAAGGGGAGGGGUUUGUCCGUCUGAAGGGGUGUGUCAGACAACUGGAGCAGGAGAAGGCGGAGCUACAGGAGACGCUGACCGAUAGAGAACGGGAGCUGAGACGACUGAUGGCUGAAAGAGAGCAGGAAGAGAAAGAGACGGAGAGGAGGAAGAAUGAACGAAGGAGUGAACAUGAGAAGGAAACACGACUCCACCUACUGGAGGUAGAACAGCUGACCGUGAAGAUACAGUCUCUGGAGGAGGAGAAGAAGAGAUGGACUGAAGAAGAACAGAACCAGAAGAACCGGAAGGAGAACCCAGAAGGGAGGGAGGAGAAGGAAAGAGAGGAGAGGGAAGAACAGAACCAGGAGAAGGAAAGGGCAGCUAGGGUGAUCCAGACAGAGUGGCUGGAGCACAGAGAAAGGGACACAGUGUUGGUCCAGUCAGCAAUAAGAGGACAUCUCCUCAGACAGAGCCAGAUAGCUCACCUCCGAGACACACACACCAGCACUCUCAGCAAGAAUGGCCAAUCACAGCGCGGCAGUGAUGUUACCUCCCGUGUGGAGGAUGGGGAGCUGGUUGCCGUGACGCUGAUCCAGUCUGUGUUCCGAGGUCACCUGACACGCAGCGCACUAAUGACGGAGAGCUCUGAGUCUCCAGCCCCUCCUCCCUGUGGACCCACACCAGCUCCUAGAAGAGUCCCCUCUGUCCCUUCAACACACACUCCCAGCAACACAGCCCUUCCAGGCAGUGAUGUAGAUGAAGAUGUAACGGAGCUGAGUGAGGAAGAUCCCUGGCCUGUCUCUAACACACUGUCCAACAGGAGGAGACUCACACCAGCCCAACUACAGCUCCACCCACCUCCAGAUUCCAAGGUUGCUAAGGCGAUGGACUCUGAGGAUUCCGACGAUGACAUCAUCGUGUCUCCGUCUCAUCUCGUGGGAAGGAGAGAAGAAAUCUACUUCUAGACCAGAGCAUUGCACUAUGGGAUAUGAAGUGUGUGUGUGUGUGUAGCUGGGUAUGCAGGCUUUUACUCCAGCCCUACACCAGAUUCAAUCAAGGUCCAGAGGACAUGCUGAUAAGUAGAACCAAGUGUGUUUUGGUAGUGCAGGGCUGGAACGAAGUCCUGCACAUGCAGUAGCUCUCCGGGAGGGGAGUGGUUGUUGGUGUCAGGGCUGUAAUGAUAAUGAUGCUAAUGAUAAUAAUGAUAAUCCUGAACAUAUCCAGGAGGGUUGCUUGGCCAGCUCUCUGCCCAAUAAAUCUCCGUUCUGAUACAGAUGGUUUUAUUAUGUUGCCAAAGUGCCUGAGUGCUGUAUAUAGAUUAUUGAUGGUCAUAAACAAAGUUAUAAAUCAUGGAGUUUAUUGGAGAAUGAGCGACUUUUAACACAUGUCUAUCAAUAUAAACACUGCUGAUUCAAAACUGUGAAAUUAAUAUCAUAUUCUACUGCAAUAUGACGCUCAGAGGAGAGUGUGCGCGCGCGCGUGAUCGUGCCUUGAGUUGUGUUUAUUAUAAUAGCUGUAAUCCAUGAAAAUAAUGUUUUAUCUGAUUAAAUGAGUAUCUUUCCUUGUAUGGUAAAACA